AAACAAUAAAAACUGAACUUUCCACAAUUUCACGCGUCACUGGCACUGAUAAACGUCACUGUUACACUAAAACCGUAACCUCCUUCAGCAUCCGCGAAAACAAAUGACAAACGCGACUAGGUGAAGGCGAGCGAUUGUCUCGAUUCCACUCGUUUACCGCACACGCGGUGCAAUGUCAUACGCUCUUACUACUUCCGACCACCUUUCUAGCGUGCAUCCCGGCAAAAUUAUAAAAGGAGGGCGUUUGCGCCGCGCGCAUUUAGUCACUCACCAGCCGCCGUCUGGCACACACGUCCGCGACCGGUUAUGCGAUAGAGUCUCCGCACGCGAACGAAAUGGAGGGGACACCCCCCAGUCAUAUGCCGGAGGAUGAGGGCAUUGCGUCCGACCGGCGCCCGUCCACCGACGACCAUGCGGACCUGUCCGACUCCGCCUCAGAUACAGGCUCUGGGGGUGGCAAGGACUCGGGCUGCGAGGUCGCUCCCGACACCCAGGAACCACCCUACAACCCUCCCGACGAAGAACUAGCCAGCAAGAUCGCCGCUCAAGUCGAGUUCUACUUCUCUGACGCGAACAUUACCAAGGAUGCCUUCCUGUUGAAACACGUCAGGAGGAAUAAAGAAGGAUAUGUGUCUCUGAAACUGAUAUCUAGCUUCAAACGUGUCAAGCAUUUAACGAAGGACUGGAGGGUGGUUGCGGAAGCGCUGAAGCGUUCAACCAAGUUGGAGAUCAACGAAGCUGGUACAAAACUACGUAGAAUAGAUCCUUUGCCCGCCUAUGAUGAGACUACGCCUUCAAGGACUGUGGUAGCGGUUAAGAUGCCCAUCGACCGCCCGUCUGUGGAGAAUGUGUCUCGUCUCUUCGCUGGAUGUGGGGAGAUAGCCUUAGUCCGUGUGCUGAGACCUGGCAACCCCGUUCCGGCAGACGUUCGCCAAUUCCUGAACAAGAACCCGAGUUUGGUUAACUGUGUGUGUGCGUUAGUUGAGUUCACCGAAUCGGAAUCCGCUAGGGAAGCCCUGCGGCUGCAGAGCUCCGACGACGAAGGCAUGCGAGUGUACGAGCUGAAUGGUGUACCUCGCGAGCCUAAGAAGAAGCCAGCAGUGCGGAGAAUGUCGGCCAGAAGACACGAGUGCGAGUAUUCCUCCUGUUGCAGUGGCUCUGAACCGGAGUACGACUACAGAUACGGAACCCCGUUCCAUAGAAGGAACUCGAGCGGGUUCUUUGCCCCCCGCUCCCCGGAGAUCCAGGCGUGGAUGCCGCGCCGCGUCAGCAACUGCAGCCACAGCUCCGACUCAGGGGUUUCCUUCUUCUGUGGCUCCAGAAGAUCUUCGCAAGCCAGCACUGGCAGCGCUAGCAGCGGCGAGGGCUGGUUGGCGCGUCGACUGUCUGGAUGCUCGCUGUCCGGGACGGAGUGUGGGGGGAGGCGGCUGUCGUUCACCCCCCGGUUCGAGCCGCGAGCCCCGCUGGUCCCGGAUGGCACUAGGGGGUUCCAUGCGGCGGCUCGCCAGCGGAGGAUCUCGGACUUGGCUCUAUACUCGCGCUAGAAAGCGACCACAGACCGUGACUCCUUUCUAUCGUCGGAUUGGAUAACGCCUUUCACGAUCUGUUUGCGUCGAGACUCGAGGAAGUGAUUUAGUUAGCCGCAUGUGUUAUGAGAACUGUUAUUUUUGUAAUGAGUUUGUAAUGAGCCAGAUCGCGUCCCGGUGCUGUGGAUUGAAUCGAUGUCUUAACAAUGUAUAGUUACCUAUUUACGUCCUAAUCGGAUUAAGUUUAUUUAAGGCACAGACAGCUGUGGUUAGCUUUUAAUUUUAGUAACUUAUUAGUUUUUUUUUACUGUAAGUCGCGUAUUUAUUACGAUUUUUCGCGCUUGCGCCGCGGGUUAGAGUUUUCAUCCAGUCAUGUCAGAGUUGUGAGCACAAAAGUUUUUAAAAGAAAAACAAAAUCGACAUUUGAAGAGAUUGUAGACUCUGAGACAGUAAAAUGCUCGAGAACGGUUUUUGUAAGUGGAGCAUGCAUGAGCAUUGGUGUCAGUAUUGCGCAAUGAAAAUUGCUUUUUGCGCGCGUAAGCUAUCGCUUAAAAAAAGUAAAAGUAAGAGGCAAUGGUACUACAAAUCGUUCGGCCAGCCGGCAGUACCCGCGGCGUUACGGCGACACUAUCCAUUAUGGUUUUUUAUUAUUAUUAUUUUACGAACUAAAAUUAAGUCAGUAGUUUUAAGUCAGUCACGCCAUGUCAUGAUUUCGAUAAGUUUUUUUUGUACUUUUUAAGCUUUCGUUGUGAUUUUAUUUUUGUAUAAAUAGCUUUAAGGUGAGAGCAGUUAUGUAAGUUCGCAAUUUCGCGAUUUUGGUCUUAUUUAUUUUUGCCUUUUUAAGCUCAGAGGAAGUCGUGUUACGUCAUAGGUAAUAAAUAAUAUUAUGUGUCUAAUGAAAUGACUAAUAAAUGAGGCACAGUUUUCAAUUUAUUUUAGUGGUGCUUUUUCGCUUAAUUAUGACAUCGAUCUUUCUCCGAGCUUAACAUAACAAUAACUAUUUUAUAAAGAAGUGAUGAUAUUGAUAAGUAUAAAAUAAAAAUAUUUGCAUAUAA